AUGGCUUCAGAGACUCCCAAGGUGAAACUAACCGGCACAACCCAUGUCAAGCCCAGCAAGAAGCUCGGGAAGAAGGAGCAUUGCCAGCUGGUCACCUUCGACCUCCCCUACCUGGCCUUUUACUACAACCAGAAGCUACUGUUCUACAAGGGCUGUGACUACGAGGACAUGGUGAAGAAGCUUAAGGACAGCCUUGCGGUGGUUCUGGUCGAGUUUUACCACCUGGCCGGGAGGCUCGGGAAAGACGAGGAGGGAGUGUUUAGGGUUGAGUAUGAUGAUGAAAUGGAGGGCGUCGAGGUUGCCGAGGCUGUCGCGGAGGAGAUCAGCAUAGCCGAUCUGGAGGUUGAAGAAGGAACUAGCUCUUUAAAGGAGUUGAUUCCUUAUAGUCUGGUUCUGAACUUGGAGGGCCUGCAGAGGCCAUUGCUAGCUGUUCAGUUAACCAAGCUGAAAGAUGGGAUAGCAAUAGGGUGCGCCUUCAACCAUGCGAUCCUGGAUGGCACCGCCACCUGGCACUUCAUGAGCUCAUGGGCUGAGGUCUGCAACGGGUCGCCCACCAUCUCAACCCGGCCCUUCCUCGAACGCACCAAGGUCCGAGACACGCGCGUGAAGCUCGACCUCUCACUGCCUCCCUCCAACGGCAAAGCCGCCGCGACCAACGGCACCGCGUCAACCCCACAGCUCAGGGAGCGCGUCUUCAAAUUCUCCGAGUCCGCCAUCGACAAGAUCAAGUCAACCGUCAACGCCAACCCUCCAUCCGACGGCUCAAAACCGUUCUCCACUUUCCAGUCCCUCUCCGUCCACAUAUGGCGCCACGUCACCAAGGCGCGAAGCCUGAAGCCGGAGGACUACACCGUCUUCACCGUCUUCGCCGACUGCCGGAAAAGGGUCGACCCGCCAAUGCCGGACAGUUACUUCGGCAACCUCAUCCAGGCAAUCUUCACCGCCACCGCCGCCGGACCACUCGCCGGAAACCCGCCGGAGUUCGGCGCCGGCGUGAUUCAGAAAGCCAUUGAGUCCCACAAUGCCAGUGCAAUUGAGAAGAGGAACAAGGAGUGGGAGAGCGCGCCGAAGAUCUUCGAGUUCAAGGACGCCGGAGUGAACUGCGUGGCGGUGGGGAGCUCGCCGAGGUUCAAGGUUUAUGAGGUGGAUUUCGGGUGGGGAAAACCCGAGGGGGUUCGAAGCGGGUCGAACAACAGGUUCGAUGGGAUGGUUUACUUGUACCAGGGGAAAAGUGGAGGGAGGAGCAUUGAUGUGGAGAUAAGCUUGGAGGCUGCAGCCAUGGAGAAGCUAGAGCAAGACGAGGAGUUUCUUCUUCCAGUGGUUUGA